AUGGAUUCCUCCUGGUUCGCUCCUCGGGGGUGCCGGGGUCGGUGCCACCCUCGCUGUCACCCUGUGCCACCACAAAUACAGCGCUCCCUCACCAGCCUGGCUGCACUGGAAUUCCCUGGGAUCCCGGGACGCGGCGGGAGCUGGGAAGGACGGCGUUCCUUACUCCCUGGCGCUGGGCAGUGUGAGGAAUCUUCAGGAACUGAGGAGCCUCUGCUGGAUUUUAGGGGGUAUUUGGGCUCGUGGAGAGCCCUCGUGGCUCCCACUGUCACCAGCACCUCACUGGGACCCACUGGGGGGUCUCGUCACCUCCCGAGGGUCCGGCGGUGGCCCCGAUCCCCCUUUUGCUGCCCGGGGAGGGAUUCAAAGGCACCCGAAGGAAAACAACAGAUUUUUUGCAUUUUCCCAAUCUGCUCUCAAGAUGUGGCGAGGGCGGAAGCGGCGCCUCAAAGGCUCCGGAUGAGCCUCGUGGGGCUGGGGGGACCCUCCAGGAGGCUCUGGGGGAGGGAGGUGCUGGGGACACCGUCCUCGUGUGCAGGGACACAAAUCCCGGCUGGGUGUCCCCAGCGUGGCUCUGGGGGUGUCCCUCAGCUCCGGGAGCUGCAGCAGAGGGGUCCUGGGGCUUCCAGAGGGACCCAGGGGUGCUGCUGGCCUUGGGGACAGGCUGAGCUUGGGGACGGGCCUGGAGGGACCUGCAGGAGGGUCACGGGUCCCUGUUCCCAGGGGAAUCCUGAUGGAGCCACAGCGGGUCCCAUCUUUCCUCUGGAAGUCUGCGCCGUUCCCUGGGAACAGGGGCUGGAAGCGGGAAUGUGCCAGGCACAGCCAGGGACAGGGAGUGUGCCCCAAGCCUUCCAGGACACGGCGAUGCCACCAUGGUGUCCCUGCUCCCUGGAUCCGCCUGGACACAGCGCUGGCUCAGCCUGGAUUUGCCCUUUGUUCCCUGGCUGGGAAAAAGCAGAAAAUCCCCCAAAUUCCACCUCACUCACGGCAUCCCGAGGGUCUGGAAGGGAGAGAGAGGAUGGGACAAGGGAGACGGUGAGGAAGAGUCCCUGAGGAAGAGCUUGGGGCUGGAGUCAGGAAUCCCAGAGGAGUCUCCUGGCUCCCAGGGGCUGUGGCCAGCUGGGAGGGCGCCGGACACACGGACACGAGCCCAGUCCUGCCGCCGUUCCCGAGGGAAUCCGUGCUCCAGCCAGGGGGUUGGGUAGGAAGUGGCAGCGGGAUUAAAGGUCCCUAAAAGAGCAGUUUUGGUGUCGGGAUGAACUCACCGGAGCUGGGGGAGCUGGGACGGAGCCAGGGCUGGGAGAGGGGGGCGAACAUCACACACAGAACUGGGAAUGGUUAUUUUUAGGACAAUUCUCAGCUUGGAGAGCAACCAAGGGAAUAAAACGGUUCAAUAUGGGCCCGGUGCUUAACGAGGAGGCUGAAAAUCCCUGGGCUAGGAUAUCUGGGAAGAGCCUUCGGGAUGGGGUUUGUGGAGAGCCUGAGGGGGCCAAGGCACAGCUCGGCUGAGGGGUCAUCGGGGGGUCCCUCUGCUCCUUUGCAGCCUGGAGCUGGGCUGGAGCCACUUCCCAUGGAAGGGUCAAUGCUCCUCUUCCUCCUCAACCGGGAACGGGAGAGAAGGAUGGGGGAAAAGAGCUGGAAAGCCGGGAAUGGGCUGGAAUAACGACCAGAGGGAAAUAGCAGCCCCCUCCUCCCGCCUUUCCCUUGUGGUGGCUCUGCCUCACUUUUAAGUGGCUUUUACCCCUUUUUUAGGCCAAUAAACCCCAACCAAAUCCAUCCCCUCCAGCCCUCAGGAAACCCCAAAUCCCAUGAGACCCCCGGGAUCCCCCUGAGGACCCCAAACUCCCACGACACCAGGACGUUUCCCUUCUCCAGCCUGGAAAAAACCCUUUUAUUCCUAACGAUGGAGAAGAUGUGGAGCUGGAGGGUUCCCCUUCCCUGAUGGAGAGGGAUCAACCUUUUGGAAAACCGGGAGAGGGGGGACCCCGGGGUGUUCGUGGCUCCGUCCCUUCCUCCUCCACCUUUUCAUAAACCCCAAAAUUCAACUCCACAUUUUGCAGCCCCCAAAUCCUGGGAGCUUUGAGCUGAUCCAUGAGCCCCAUAAAGCCCAACAAUCGGAGAGAAACUCAACCCCACCCCGCCCCCC